AUGAGAUCGUCUGUAUUCUCAAACAGUGGAGGUGCCAGGACUCCUACCACAUCAAAUACCAAUUCCGAUCGACAUCACCAACACCAUCAUCAUCAUCACCACCAUCAACAAACCUUAUCCCCAGCAACCACAACCAUACCUUCACCUUCCUCGACAGCAAGACGACCACAUAGCACCCAACCGAGAAGAACAAAACCCUCAAGUCCAUACAUCAACUAUCCUAAAGCAUCAACCCCAACCGUGACCCAAUCCACCCCAAAUUCAUCAUUACUUAAAUUGACUAAUACUAGUAGUAAUAAACAAUCCCCAGAAUGGAAUUUAGACGAUUUAUUCACAUCCUAUCAAGAUUCAGGAAUCUUACCACCAAUACUAUCCCCAACAUUACCCGAUUCCACAAUUCCCAACGAGAAACGAUCGCCUGAAAGAACGCCAACCACAACGAAUAUAGCGGUGCCGAAACCGACAUAUCCCAAAAAACGAAUAAUAUCCCCACCAGAACAACAAGAGCAACAGCAUGUCAUAGAUGUAUAUUCAGGAGAAAGUGAUGACGAUGAUUCUGAUACCAUCCCAUUAUCAAAACAUUCAACUACUUCAUUUAUCAAAAAGCAUUCAGCAUCAGAUGAUGAUGAGAAUAUAUCUUCAUUAUCAAUGCUAUCACCCACGCUCCCGGCACAAUUUGGGUCAAGCACGAAUAUUCCGACUAUGCCUAGCAUAUCCACCCCAUCUGGCAUAUCCACCCCAGCUAACAUAUCUACACCUGGAGGCACUGGAGCGGGUGGGUCAAAGUUUACGAAUAUAAGAAUGAAAAGCACGACAAUUAAAUGGAUAAAUAAAAUGGAUGAUACCAAGAAACCGAAGUUUUUAGUCAGGUUGAUAUUUGAUAAUAAGAUGAAAUAUAAACGGAAUUUCCCAGCAACAGCCCGGGCGGGCGGAAGCGGAGGAGGAGUGGUUAAGGGGAAGCCGAGUAGUCCUGUGAAAUUGAAUGGAUUAGGGAUACUGAUUGGAGCAACGUCGCCUAAGAAGGAGGAUGUGAGGGGGGAAGAGAAAUUGAAGAAGGUGGAUGGGGUGGGUGAAAGUGUGCGAGUGAGGGAGAUAUCAAAGGAAGUGGGUGAAACUGCGAGAGUAAGAGAGACACCAAAGGAAAUGGGUACUGCAAGAGUAAAGGAGUCGUCAAAGGAAGUGGGUGAAACUGCGAGAGUAAGAGAGACACCAAAGGAAAUGGGUACUGCAAGAGUAAAGGAGUCGUCAAAGGAAGUGGGUGAAACUGCGAGAGUAAGAGAGACACCAAAGGAAAUGGGUACUGCAAGAGUAAAGGAGUCGUCAAAGGAAGUGGGUGAAACUGCGAGAGUAAGAGAGACACCAAAGGAAAUGGGUACUGCAAGAGUAAAGGAGUCGUCAAAGGAAGUGGGUGAAACUGCGAGAGUAAGAGAGACACCAAAGGAAAUGGGUACUGCAAGAGUAAAGGAGCCAUCAAAGGAAGUAGGUGAAACUGCUAGAGUGAAAGAAGUAGAUAAUAAGCAGUGGCAGGCACGAAUGAAGGAGAUAAGUAUCAAACAAAAUGAACUUAAACAAAAAGAACAAGCAUUGAAUGAAUUAGAAGAAUCAUUACGAACGAAGGAAAAACAAUUACAAAAUCUUGAAAAUAAACUAAAACAACAAGGUACUUCAAGAGCAGGAACCCUAUCUCCAGAAUACACCUCCACAUCAUCAUAUGAGGAACAAAAGAAACGAGAACGAUUAAAAAAACUCACCCAGGAUGUAAUCAACCGAGAACAGAACCUUCCAAUCGAAGACAUAAUCAAACCCAUCCCUGCCACCCCCACUGCCCCAUUAUCAAAAUCCCAAAGAGAAGAAAUCAAACUCACUCUCCAAGAUAAAAAAUCUCACUAUCUCCAACUCGCCAAAUCCGCCAAAUCAAAAUCCGAAACCACCAGCGAUGAAUUCCUCAGCAUCCUAAUCGAAAUCGAUUCAAUCAUUCUCCGUCUAAUCUCAGCCGACUACGAUGAACGAUCAAAAAUAAUCACCCAAAUUCUCCCUAGUGAACGAUCCUGGAAAAUCCUCGACUCCGAUAUCGAAUCCCUAAUCUCCCGAAUCAAACAAUUUCACACCUCCCAAUCUUCUACCAUAAUUGGCGAAUUCCUCAAGAUCCUAACUUGUAUCCUCUAUCAAACCCGCGGAUUAGUCUUGAAACGCACCAAUGCGAUCCUAAACGAUGUCAUCAAUCACUAUCUCACGAAAAACGACACCGGCGAACUCGAUCGGAAAAUCAUCGAAUUACAACGGUCAGCAAUUGCGAAUUCUCAAUUAAUCCUCCAAUAUUUCAUGAAUUCCAAACCGGGGUUUCUUGACCUGAGUAUUGCCACCAAGUUCCCCGGGGUAUGGUAUAAGAAAUCACUUGAUUUGAAACAGGUGCAGGAAUGGUAUAAUGUAAGAGAUUAUCGUGGGGAUAUUCGACCUCGUGAAGGGGGGUAUUAUUUGCCAUUGGGGGGAUAUUCGAAUUUGAAUGAAUUGACGGCGGUUUUAUAUGGGGUGGUGAUGGAGUUUGUGGAGAUUUAUAAUAAGUAUAAUCUGACAAAACCGAUUACGUAUGUUUUACAAAGUGGUCAGUAA